CUAGGCCAGUUGGCUGCAAUGCGCUAGAAUGGAAAUCCUUAAACACGUUUUGGGGUUUUUGGUUUUCUUAAAGUUCUGUUCACCUUAUGUUAUUCAAUUGAAUUCAACAAAUUGGAAACAAAUGUUAGAUGGUGAAUGGCUUGUAAAAUUCCAUGCUCCUUGGUGUCCAGCUUGUCGACAGUUUUCACCAAUUUGGCAACAACUCUCAGAUGAUAGUUCAAUCAAUGCUUUUGUCGCAGAUGUUGAUGUAACAGAAAGUCCUGUCCUUAGUUUCAUAUUUUUUGUCAAGCGAUUACCAACUGUCUACCAUGUAAAAAAUGGCCUAUUCAGAGUAUACGACGGGGCAAGAACUCUUGAUGAUCUCAGAGUUUAUGUGAAAUCUGAAAAAUAUGAAACUGAAACACCUUUACCAUGGUAUUACUCACCAGCAUCUUUUCAUAUGCAUAUUUUCAUACGUUUCAUGGAUCUUGGCAUUUUCAUUACGAAUACUCAUCAAGCAUUUUUAGAUGCUGGUUAUAGUAAUUGGAUGUCAUUUUUGAUCAUUGGUCUAUCGACUAUAUUUUCCGGACUGUUCAUUGGAAUUGUAGGUUUUACAAAACAAGAAUAUCUAUUUGUAAUUUUUUUCUUUUAGAUACUUGUAUUGAUUUUUGAUUG